AUGGCAGCCGAAGCGCUCGAUGCGCAGCGGCGCGGUGUACAGCUGUCUGGCUCGGCAGUGAGUACAGCACCAAAAGAAAAAGAGGAAAGCGUGAAAAUGACAAAAAGCCGUAAGCGCCGGAUGCGACGCAAGCAACGUAAACAACAAGCGCUCUUGGAACAGGAAUUAGAGGAAUUAGAAGAGCUUGAAACCCAGGAGCAUAAUCGUCGCCUAAUGGAUAUGGGUCUCUUACCCGAGGGAGACAAACAAGAUGACGCGGACCCUGUCCCAACGGAUGCCGAAGAUACCAUUGAUGCUCCCAUUGUUGCUAACCCAGCUUCUUCCGCUGCAUCCAAUCAGGCAGCUACUGGUAAUAUCGAAAGUCGUGCAAAUAACUCCGAUAGCACUAUGCAUAAAGUUGGCGCAGUUGUGGUUGGUACCGCACGGGCUGUUGUCUCAGCGUUAGGCUUUGCGGCCUCCAUUCCGCUGAGAGCUUGCAACUCCUUCAGAGACAGGGCUCCCGACGAUAAUGAUUCAUCUAGCGCCAUGGAUAGAAAGAACACUGCAUCAUCUAGGCCAUCAUCGACUCCUGUCACAAUGCUGCCGUUUAUUCUGGCCAGUCCGUACCCAGAGGAAGCUAACUGUGUUAAGGGUGGUAGCUCAAAUCCUUCCCAAAUUCAUUGCGCAGUGCGUCCUGGGAGAAAGCGUGCUGCCACAACUUCAAUGGGGUCUUCUUGCUCUACCUCGUCUGCGUUGUCGCGUUAUUCGUCUUCACAAUCCCUGCUACAACGAUCAAUUUUAUCUUCUGGCCUUGUACCUUUGGCCGGAACCCUUAUCCAAAGUCUCUCCUGGCCGUUUCGCCGCAGUGAGUAUACUCACUUUUAUGUGACUCAAUUACUUCUUUAG